AUGGAUUCGGAACAACCAGACAAUGAGAUGAGUCUCUGCAUUUCGACCAAUCAGAGCGGAGAUCACAAGAAUGAAUGUCUCAAUGGAGAAGCUAGUAAUGAUCCGUCGAAGGAGUGGUUACAUAGUCUGUGGUGGCAAGUCAGCAAUGCACAAGAGGAGAAAAACUUCUAUGACAGAUCAGCUAAAAACUACGAGAUUAUGACUGACCAAUUACACUGGCGGGCCCCCCAAUUGUGCAUGAAGACCAUAGCCAACUGGGAACAGAAGAGUGGAAUAACCAUACCGAGGGAGUCGGUUGCGAUCGAUAUUGGAGCUGGCACUGGUCUAAGUGGAGUGGCUCUGAGAGAAAUCGGCUUCACUGGACCUGUAGACGCCCUGGAGCCAUCUGCUAACAUGUUCGCACUGGCCAAACAGAAGAAGAUAUACAGAGAUUGGUAUGGGGAAAUGUUAGUGGAGGGGGAGGAGACUACAGUGCCUGGAGACAUGUACGACUUGGCAUUCUCAGUAGGAGUGUUCAGUGACAGAUCGGCGAAGAAAGGCAGUUUGUCCGAAGUGGUGCGUAUGGUUAAGAAAGGAGGCUACAUAGCAGUCAUCAUGGUCGCCAGACACUGGCCUGAAGAAUUUAGAGACCACAUUGCUCUUAUGGAGGGGGAGGGACUGGUUAAGACUCUUCAAGUGGAUGCAUUUGAUUCCGACAUGUAUAUGAGAGAAGUAGCAGCCGUCGCUUUUGUCCUGGAGAAACUGUGAUAAAUUUUAGAUAAUGAGGAUUUAUUUUUGUAUUUCAACUGGUUGUAUAUAUUUUUCCAGUAAAUACAGAAUGCUUAAGAGUUCAAUUGGCUA